CACAUGGAUGGGCAGUUCAUUUUUCUGGUCAUUCUGUUAGGAGUUGCUUCUUGCAGCCAGGAUCAGACUUCACAAUCAGUAUUGGAGGUGACAGUCACACCAGGAGACAACAUCACUCUCUACUGUGACUGCAAAUCAUCAACUGGAGUAUACAUAGUGUGGUACAGAAACUGCUCUCAUGAGAACCAGCCAACUCUUGUUCUUCAAACAAUAUCAUUUUUAAAGGAAACUGAUCCUCUGAGCUCUAAGUUUCAGCUUUUGAGGAACUCUUCCACUGAAUCUUAUGACCUGCUGAUCAUGAACAUCACUGAUUCUGAUGAGGGCCUCUACUACUGUGGAACUGAAGAAAGGAAGGUGGACCAAGGAGAAUACAUCACUCUAAGAAACAUUUACAGUUAUGGCAACGUGACAACAAGGAUUAAAUGUGACUCCAGUGAAACUCUUCAACCAGACCCUGAUUUGUGCUGGAUGCUGCUACUCACUCUGUGUCCAGCUUCUGCUUUACUCUCCUCUCUCCUGUCCUCUCUCGUGGUUUAUCAACUCUGUCAGAAAAAAGCUAAAAAAUCUCGAGUUCAUCAGGAAAGACCUGACGAUCAAUGUCAAACGGGACUGAAUCAGGAUCAAGAUGUGUGUUAUGCUGCGCUGGAAAUCCGUCAGGCAUCACAGAGACCAAAGAAGCAGAAAACAAAGAGUUCGGACUACAGCACCUACUCUGCCAUCAAUACUUCUAGGAUGUAGUACAGAAGCGCAUUGAUGCCACGCCAGGAAAAGAAAAAGAUCAGAAUUAUAACGUGAAAAGUUUGUUAUAACAACAUGAUUUUCACAUGAUAAUGGAUAUUUUCAUGUUAUAACAAAAUAAUUCUAUGUUAUCCUAACAUACAAACUUAUCAUGUUACAGCCAGAAACUUUUCUUGUAGAAACAAUAUAGCUUUUAUCUUUUUAUAAUGUCAAACAUGUCAAUGUGAAAAGUUCUUGUUACAAAAGUUUCAAUUUAUAACAUGAUAACCCAGGGUUUUUCCUGCGUUAGGUUAAACCUAUACUGUUAGGCUAUAACGUGAAGAUCAUGUUUGAAUGAGGAAACUAGUGGAGAACGGACAAACUGAGUAAUGUGGCUCAUUUACACAAUAUGAUUAAGCUCUACUUCAUGCUUGGGUUGAGACAUGACAACAUUCUGCUGUUACUGAGCACAGUGUACAAUAUUGUAAUACGUAUGGGUACUAAAUAACAGAGAGGACCAGCACUAACUUCACGAGCACACUGCACACUGAUGCGGCAGCCCACCUGGAUUUCUCCUGGUAUUCCAGUCUGGUACAUGUCAGUGGCAUCAGCCAUAAUGUGUUAUGUAUAUUCAAUCAAUCAUUCUUCAAAGAGCAGAUGCAUCUUGCAUAUUCUAUUUCCUUACACCACUUACAUAACAGAUUUAAAAUUGAUGAGAAAAAUCAAUAAAAAAAGCUCCAGACAGAAAGCAUGUUUGUGGUAGACAUUAACAAUUUGCUUCAGAUUCAGCUGUUUUUUUUUCCUUAAAUCUACAACUGUCUACAAAAAAGAAACGAAAGCUGUUUUCAGGCAAUUUCCUGUUUUGAUCUCAAGUUAGCCAUCAGCCCCAACCCUUCACCAGUACAGUUUGGUAUUACAUCAAGUGUUUGCUAUGUAGGAACUGAUUCUGCUACAGAGAAUAAAAUUCAAAGAAAUAACUGUGUGUAAAGGUCAUACACAAAACCCAAGAUAGCACAGUUUAGCUUCUUUAUGUACGAAUGCCCCUGUCACGCCUAUUCUAAGAAGUACUGAGACAAUACAGAGCUGACUGCAAGGCCAACCACGAGCACAUUACUUAGCACCUUGUGACGAGUACAGCUCACAGGAAACCCACAAUGACAAACAUAUGAGCAACCUUCAUAUGACUUAACAUACAAACAGACUCACAGUAGUCAGGUAGCAGUACAGACUGACAAUAGACACAAACACACUUAUCAAACCAUAGGAAAUAGAAAAGCUCCUGGUUUUGUUCUUUUUUACCUCCUCAUAAUCAAUACAUUAUUU